GAGAGAGAACAGAAGAAUCGAAGAAUACAGAAUCCGAAACAAACACUAGAGAGAGAAAGUAGAGAGUCUAGAGAGAGAGACACACACACAGAGUGAGGGUUUUGCGCAGUUUUGAUGAAGAUUUAUUGGGGUUUGGAUUGGAGUGAGAUAGUGUGAGUAGAUGAUUGAUUGAUCGAUCGAUGCUGAUGAGUGUUUGUUUCUGAGGAAAAUUUUUUCUGAUUAGAAUUGGGUGGGUAAAAAGGAGAAGGAGAUGUACGCAGGGUCCAUGCGAAAGUCCUUCAAGGAUUCUCUCAAAGUCCUUGAAGCCGAUAUUCAGCACGCCAACACACUGGCGUCUGAUGUUCCCAGGGAGUAUGACGGUGCCUGUCUUCAAAUGAGAAUGUCCUACAGUCCAGCUGCACACCUGUUCCUUUUCCUAGUACAGUGGACAGACUGCCACCUUGCUGGUGCCCUUGGACUGCUGAGAAUUCUUAUUUACAAGGUUUAUGUUGAUGGCACCACAACCAUGUCUACCCAUGAAAGAAAAGCAAGUAUAAGAGAAUUUUAUGCGAUUAUUUAUCCCUCGUUGCUGCAACUUCAAAGUGGGAUUACUGAUACAGAAGACAAAAAGCAAAAGACAGUAUGCAUGGAAAGGUACAGAAGAAAAGAUGAUGAAGAACAGAGGCAAUAUUCGGAUAUAGACAUUGAAAGAGAAGAAGAAUGUGGAAUUUGCAUGGAGAUGAAUAGUAAGAUUGUCUUGCCCAACUGCAACCAUGCCAUGUGCUUGAAAUGCUACCGCCAGUGGCGCACACGAUCUCAGUCGUGCCCUUUUUGCCGUGACAGUUUGAAGAGAGUGAACUCCGGUGAUCUCUGGGUAUUUAUGGACGGUAGGGAUGUAAUUGACAUGGCAGCAAUAACACGCGAAAAUCUUAGACGGCUGUUCAUGUACAUAGAUAAGUUGCCUCUUGUUGUUCCUGAUACACUUUUUGACCCUUAUGAUUCUCAUCUAAGAUAGACAGUUGGUCCCAUUUAAAUCCACCACUGUGGACUUCGCAUGAGAAGAAUUUAUUUACAUAAAGACUGUCAUUCGGUCAAUUUAGAUUAAAAUUGCAGUUCUUUCCUAGUGCUUCUGAUUAGAGGAACCCAACUUUGGUUAUUGUGGGCACUGGGCAGAGGGUUUGAUUUGAAGGUGAGAUAGUCUUCACUGAAAGGUGUUUGUAAAUGUAUUUAACCAAAUUGUACAUGCAUGUAUAGCUUGAACUUACGUUGUUUCGGAAAACCUUCUUGUUUCUCUGUUGCUUCUCUUUUAUCCUUUCAUGUUUGCUGAAUAUAUUGCCUCCUGAAGUUUUGUUUGUAUGUCAAAUAAUAUACUCACCUUUUUUGAUA